GGGGGUUCCACAACCUUAGCAGUGUCCCAGCCUGCCCGCUCCAUGCUGUGGCAAGGCUGCACUGAGUUCCUGGGGUGAGGGGGCGAUCGGGCAUGCUCCUCCCCAUGGGUCGCCCACCAUGUCUAAUGGAUAUCGCACUCUGUCCCAGCACCUCAAUGACCUGAAGAAGGAGAACUUCAGCCUCAAGCUGCGCAUCUACUUCCUGGAGGAGCGCAUGCAACAGAAAUAUGAGGCCAGCCGGGAAGAUGUCUACAAGCGGAACAUCGAGCUGAAGGUUGAGGUGGAGAGCCUGAAACAAGAACUCCAGGACAGGAGGCAUCAUCUGGAUAAAACGUGGCCCGAUGUGGAGGAUCUCAACAGCCAGCAUGAGGCAGAGCUCGGGUGCCAGGUUGAGGAAGGACAGCAGGAGACAGAACAUGUUUACGGGCUCCUGGAGAACAAGACCCAGCUGCUGCAGGGGGAAUCCAGACUAGCAAAGAAUGAAGCCACAGGAAUGGCGGCUCUGCUGGAGGCGGGGAAGGGGUAUCACUCGGAGCUCUCAGACAGGCUGAAGGAUGCCGCCAAGGACAGGGAAGACAUGUCGGGAGGCCAGGUGAAGCCUGCCCAAUACUCUGAGGCCCUGGCUCAGAGGGACAGGAGAAUUGAAGAACUGCGGCAGAGCUUGGCAGCCCAGGAGGGGCUGGUGGAACAGCUGUCUCAAGAGAAACAACAGCUGCUGCAUCUGCUGGAGGAGCCAGUAAGCAUGGAGGUGCAGCCCGUGCCUAAAGAGUUCCGCAAGCAGCAGAAGCUGGACUCGAGUGAGACCCCUGUAACCCAACCACCUGUGUCUGAGUCCCACCUGGCAGAACUCCAGGACAAAGUCCAGCAAACAGAGGCCACCAACAAGAUCCUUCAAGAGAAACUGAAUGAAAUGAGCUGUGAACUAAAAUCCGCCCAGGAGUCAUCUCAGAAGCAAGACACGACAAUUCAAAGCCUCAAGGAAACGCUAAAAAGCAGGGAGAGUGAGACCGAGGAGCUGUACCAGGUGAUUGAGGGUCAAAACGACACAAUGGCAAAGCUCCGUGAAAUGCUGCACCAGAGCCAGCUUGGCCAGCUUCAUACCUCAGAGGGCGUUGCCCCUGCUCAGCAGCAGGUGGCCCUACUUGAUCUUCAGAGCGCUCUGUUCUGCAGCCAGCUUGAAAUACAGAAGCUCCAGAGGCUGGUACGCCAGAAGGAACGCCAACUGGCUGACGGCAAGCGAUGCAUGCAGUUUGUAGAGGCUGCAGCGCAGGAGAGCGAGCAACAGAAGGAGGCUGCUUGGAAGCAUAACCAGGAGUUACGGAGAGCUUUGCGGCACCUCCAAGGAGAACUGCAGAGUACGAGCCAGCAGCUUCAUGCGCUAGAGGCGGAAAAGUACAGUGAGAUUCGAACUCAGGAGCAGACCGUGCAACACCUAAACCACAGCCUGAGUCACAAAGAGCAGCUGGUUCAGGAACUUCAGGAGCUCCUACAGUACCGAGAUAAUGCAGACAAAACUCUAGAAGCAAACGAGAUGCUGCUUGAGAAAUUGCGGCAACGAAUACAAGACCGAGCUGUCGCUCUAGAGCGGGUUAUAGAUGACAAGUUCUCUGCUCUAGAAGAGAAGGACAAGGAACUGCGGCAGCUUCAUCUUGCUGUGAGAGAGCGCGAUCAUGACUUAGAGAGACUGCGGAGUGUGCUGUCUGCCAAUGAAGCUACAAUGCAAAGUAUGGAGAGUCUCCUGAGGGCCAAAAGCCUGGAAGUGGAACAGCUAACAGCCACCUGUCAAAACCUCCAGUGGCUGAAAGAAGAAUCGGAAACCAAGUUUGGCCAUUGGCAGAAGGAGCAGGACAACAUCAUUCAGCAGCUGCAGACGGCUCUGCACGACAGGAACAAGGAAGUGGAGGAUCUCAGCGCAGCCCUGCUCCGUAAGCUCGGACCCGCUCAGAGUGAAAUAGCUGAGGAACUGUGCCAGCGCCUGCAGCGGAAGGAAAGGAUGCUGCAGGACCUUCUGAGUGAUCGGAACAAGCAAGCUGUGGAGCACGAAAUGGAGGUCCAGGGCCUGCUGCAGUCCAUGAGCACCAGGGAGCAGGAAAGCCAGGCUGCUGCAGAAAAAAUGGCGCAGACCCUCAUGGAGAGAAACUCAGAGUUACAGGCCCUGCGACAGUAUUUAGGGGGGAAAGACGUGAUGGCAUCAUCUCAGGCGUUCAUCUCAGACCAAGCAGUUGAAGUGACUUCCCUCGGUCCCCACCCCGGAGAGCAGACGGAUCAAGGUUCUACGCAGGUGCCCUCCAGAGACCACAGCACUUUGCUGACUGCUGGGGAAGAUGCCGGCAUACCCCGGUCCACAUUGGGAGACCUGGAUACAGUGGCAGGGCUGGAGAAAGAACUGAGUAAUGCCAAAGAGGAACUCGAGCUCAUGGCUAAAAAGGAAAGAGAAAGCCAGAUAGAACUGUCGGCUCUGCAGUCCGUGAUGGCUGUGCAGGAGGAGGAGCUGCAGGUGCAGGCUGCUGACUUGGAGUCCCUGACGAGGAACAUACAGAUAAAAGAAGACCUCAUAAAGGACCUGCAGAUGCAGCUGGUGGACCCUGAAGACAUACCAGCCAUGGAGCGCCUCACCCAAGAGGUCCUUCUUCUUCGGGAAAAGGUUGCUUCCGUUGAAUCCCAGGGUCAGGAAGUUUCUGGAAACCGGAGACAACAGUUGCUGCUGAUGCUAGAGGGGUUAGUGGAUGAACGGAGCCGGCUCAACGAGGCGCUGCAAGCCGAGCGGCAGCUGUACAGCAGCCUGGUCAAGUUCCAUGCCCAUCCGGAGAACUCUGAGAGAGACCGAACUCUGCAGGCGGAACUGGAAGGGGCCCAGGUGUUACGCAGCCGACUUGAAGAAGUUCUUGGAAGAAGCCUGGAGCACUUAAGCAGGCUGGAGACCCUGGCCGCCAUUGGAGGGGCUCCUGCAGGCGACGACACUGAAGAUGCAAGCACGGAGUUCACAGACAGCAUCGAGGAGGAGGCUGCACACAACAGCCACCAGCAAAUCAUCAAGGUGGCCUUGGAGAAAAGCCUGGCGACCAUGGAGACCCAGAACACAUGUCCUCAUCCCCCUUCCCCGGCGGGAGAGGACAGUAACAGGUGCCUCCAGGAGGAAAUGCUCCACCUGAGGGCUGAAAUCCACCAGCACUUAGAGGAGAAGAGAAAAGCUGAGGCAGAACUCAAGGGGCUAAAGGCUCAAAUUGAGGAAGCGGGAUUCUCCUCUGUGGCCCACAUCAGGAACACCAUGCUGAGCCUUUGCCUUGAGAACGCAGAGCUGAAAGAGCAGAUGGGAGAAGCAAUGUCUGAUGGAUGGGAGGUCGAGGAAGACAAGGAGAAGGGCGAGGUGAUGGUGGAGAUCGAAGUCGCCAAAGGAACUCUGAGUGAGAACAGCCUUCAGGCUGAGCUCAGAAAAGUCCAGGGAAAACUGAAGCGUGCCUACAACGUCAUCCACCUCCUCAAAGAACAGCUGGUCUCGAGCAGCUCGGGAGGCAACAGUACAGGGACGCCAGAGUUCCUCGUGCGCCUGGCCAGGGAGGUGGAUAGGAUGAACCCUGGUCUGCCUUCCCCGGGGAAGCAUCACCAAGAACAGGAGAAUGAGACCACAAGGCGUGGCCCCAGACCGCAGAGCCUCAAUCUUGGGGCAGCCUUCUCAGUGGAUGUCCACCAACUGGAAAACAAGUCCCAGGCCCAAGACUCUGUACAUCCGCCAGAAUUCAGCCUGCCAAGCUCCACUAAACACCUGCGUGCGCAGCUGGCUCAAUGCAGACAGCACUAUCAGGACCUCCAGGAGAAGCUGCUCAUCUCAGAAGCUACCGUGUUUGCCCAGGCAAACCAGCUGGAGAAGUACAGGGCCACAGUCAGCGAGUCCCCGGUGAAACAAGACAGCAAGCAGAUCCAGGUGGACCUUCAAGACCUGGGCUAUGAGACUUGUGGCCGAAGUGAGAAUGAAGCUGACCGUGAGGAGACCACCAGCCCCGAGUGUGAGGAACACAAUCAGCUGAGGCCCAUGGGGCCGUGCGCUGAGCAGGGGUGCCUGGACCCUGUCUUGGUCAGCCCACCUGUGAAGAAGCCCUUGGAGACCAAACUAGGGAAUCAGGAUGAGUUUCGGGCCAGGGGAAAUCCGGACGAGAGCUCUAUCCUGAGGAAGGACAUCAGAGACCUGAAAGCCCAGCUACAGAACGCCAACAAAGUCAUUCAGAAUCUCAGGAGCCGGGUCCGGUCCCUCUCUGCCACGAGCGAUUAUUCAUCUAGUCUGGAGAGACCCCGGAAGCUGAGAGCCGUCGCAACCCUUGAGGGAUCGUCACCCCACAGUGUCACUGAUGAAGACGAGGGGUGGCUGUCUGAUGGCACCGGGGCUUUUUACCCUCCGGGGCUACAGGCCAAAAAGGAUCUAGAGAGUGUCAUCCAGAGAGUCUCCCAGCUGGAGGCCCAGCUCCCCAAAGCUGGCCUAGAGGGGAAGUUGGCUGAGGAGCUGAGAUCUGCCUCAUGGCCUGGAAAAUAUGACUCCUUGAUCCAGGAUCAGGCCCGAGAACUAUCCUAUCUACGUCAAAAAAUACGAGAAGGGAGAGGUAUAUGUUAUCUUCUCACCCAGCACGCGAAAGACGCGGUGAAAUCUUUUGAGGACCUCCUAAGGAGCAACGACAUUGAUUACUACCUGGGCCAAAGCUUCCGGGAGCAACUUGCCCAGGGAGGCCAGCUGACAGAGAGACUCACCAGCAAACUCAGCACUAAGGCCCAUAAGAGUGAGAAGGAAGAAGCUGGGCUUGAGCCGCUUGCCCUCAGGCUCAGCAGGGAGCUACAGGAGAAAGAGAAAGUGAUUGAAGUCCUGCAGGCAAAGCUGGACACCCGGUCCCUCUCACCUGCCAGCAGCCAUGCCAUGUCUGACUCCCACCGCUCUGCCAGUAGCACGUCCUUCCUGUCGGAUGAGAUCGAAGCCUGCUCUGACAUGGAUGUAGCCAGCGAGUACACACACUAUGAAGAGAAGAAAGCCUCACCCAGUCACUCAGAAUCCAUCCAUCAUCCAAGUCAUUCUGCCGUGUUGUCUUCUAAACCAUCAGCAACCAGUGCAUCUCAGGGGCUUAAAGUUGAGUCCAGCAACAGCCCCAUCAGCUUGCCAACUCCCCAGAGUCCCCCCAAGGAGGCCAGCCAGGCCCAUCCAGGCUUUCACUUUACCUCCAUGCCCAUGCCGGCUAGCCUUUCCCAGGCACCAAUGCACUCAACUCCAUCCAGCUUCAUGCCUUUCAGCCCCUCUGGCCCUCCCCUUCUUGGCUGCUGUGAGACACCGGUGGUGUCCUUGGCUGAGGCUCAGCAGGAGCUGCAGAUGCUGCAGAAGCAGCUGGGAGAAAGUGUUAGCAUUGCUCCGCCUGCUUCCACAUCGACACUGCUGAGCAACCAUCCAGAAGCCAGUUCCUGUGGCUACCUCAAGCCUCCUCAGGCCCACUCUCCUACAAGGGGCACCCUAGAGCUGGGCAGAAUCCUGGAGCCUGGCUACCUGAGUGGCUGUGGCCAGUGGGACUUGAUGAGGCCUCAGAAAGGGAGCAUCUCCGGGGACUUGUCCUCAGGCUCCUCAUUAUACCAGCUUAACUCCAAACCCACAGGGGCUGACCUGUUGGAAGAGCAUUUAGGUGAGAUCCGAAGCCUGCGCCAGCGCCUGGAGGAGUCCAUAUGUGUCAAUGACCGCCUGCGAGAGCAGCUGCAGCGCAGGCUCAGCGCCACUGCCCGGGAAAGCGGCUCCACCUCUCACUUCUACAGCCAGGGCCUGGAGACCAUGCCUCAGCUCUACAGUGAAAACAGAGCCCUAAGGGAAGAAAACCAAAGCCUGCAGGCGCAGCUCAGUCAUGCUUCCAGAGGACACUCCCAGGAAACGGACCGCCUGCGGGAGGCUCUGCUCGCCUCGCGGUCCCAGCUUCAAGAGCUGGAGAGGGAGCUGGAGCAGCACAGAGCUGAGCGGAGGCAGCUGCUGGAAGACUUGCAGGAGAAGCAGGAAGAGCUCUCGCACUUCCAGGAGGAGAGGCUGUCCCUCCAGGAAAAGGACUCCAGGCUGCAGCACAAGCUGGCCCUCCUGCAACAACAGUGCGAAGAAAAGCAGCGGCUCUCCCUAUCCCUGCAGUCCGAGCUCCAGAUCUACGAGUCGCUCUGUGGAAACCCCAAGAAGGGCCUGAAAGCUUUCAGCCUUGACUCUUGUCACCAAGUCCCCAGUGAGUUAAGCUGCCUGGUGGCGGAGAUACGAGCCCUGAGAGGGCAGCUGGAACAGAGCAUUCAAGUGAACAACUCUCUGCGGCUGCAGCUGGAACAGCAGUUGGACCGUGGUACCAGCAAAGGCAAUCUCAGCCCCUCCUCUGUUAGCCAGAACUUCUCAGCCAACGCGGAGCCUGCAAACACACAGCCAUUCGUCCAAGGUUCAGCUGCUUCCGCUCCUGUCCGGGAUGUUGGCUGGAAUUCUCCAGCCGUUGUUCUCCCCAGCUCUUCUUGCUCUGUCCCUGGCACAGACUCGGCCAUCAUCAUCAGGACAGAUGAGCUGGCUUCAGAUGGUUCUGCAGGGGUGAAGAGCCCUCCCAAGCCGGAGGGUGACGCCACUGACGGCUCCUUUGCCAACAAGCAUGGCCGACAUGUCAUCUGCCACAUCGAUGACUACAGUGCUCUACAGCAGCAGAUUGGGGAAAGCAAGCUGCUGGUCCAAAAGAUACUGUCUCUCAUCAGGUCGAUGUGCAGCAUGCUUGGACUUGAAGCUCAGGGCGCAGAGGCACCAGGUAAGAGAAGUGUCUAUGAGCUGCAGAGCAGCGCAGGUGCUCUGAGCCACGCCCUGGAAGAGUCGGCGGCCCUCCUCACCAUGUUCUGGAGAGCAGCCUUGCCACACCCCCUUGGUCCUGUGCUGCUAGGCAAAGAGGGACAAUUGUUGGAGAAAGAACUCCUGGACUUGCGAGCCCAAGUGUCCCAACAGGAACAGCUCCUUCAGCGCACUGCUGCGCGUCUGAAGAGGACCAACCAGCAGAAGAAAAGCAUGGAACAAUUCAUCGUGAGCCAACUGACCACGACCCAUGAUAUUUUGAAGAAAGCACGGACUAAUUUAGAGGUGAAAUCCUUAAGGGCUCUGCUGUCUACUCCAGCCUUGUGACCCUUGCCUUCCAGGAGCCACACAGGAAGCGAAGCCAGAGGUCCUUAAAGCAGCAGGAAGGGCGGGGCUGCCCACCCCUUGUGCAGCUGCCUGUCUGCUGAAGAAUAG